AUGACCGAUGUUAUCGCGAGCCCUAAUUUCCUCGCCUUCUUCAACACCACCAAGACAUCCAACAUUAUCGGGGCCAUUAACAGUACAUUCAAUGGAGGCGCCGCCAUUGGAGCCCUUCAGGGAGGUCUGACGAUGGAUCGGUUCGGGCGUAAAUUCACCAUCCAGAUGGGUGCUCUUAUCUGCCUCGUCGGUGCUAUUCUUCAGGCUGCGGCAAUGAACCUGGCCAUGAUUCUCGUCGGUCGUAUCCUGGCAGGAUGGGCCGUCGGUCUCAUGUCCAUGUCCGUUCCCGUCUACCAGGCCGAGUGUGCCCAUCCUCGCUCUCGUGGUUUGAUAGUUGGGCUGGCGCAACAAAUGAUUGGUGUUGGUUUCAUCGUCAGCACAUGGGUGGGUUACGGAUCACUUCACGCAAAAGACACGAGUCAGUUCCAAUGGCGAUUCCCCGUGGCGUUUCAGGCCGUCCCUGCUCUGCUUCUCGCUAUUGGCAUGCUUUUCAUGCCAGAGUCCCCUCGAUACUUGGUCGAGACCGAGAAGUACGACGAGGCGAUGAGGAUUUUGAAGAAAUUGCACUACAACGGUACCAAUGACGACUGGAUUCAGAACGAAUACACCGAAAUCAGAGCGACUAUUGAUGCCGAGAAGGCUGUUACGGCGCCUGGCUGGCUCAUCAUGUUCCAAGUCCCUCAAUGGCGGACCAGGUUAAUGCAUGGUGUCGCCGUGCAGGUCUUCACUCAAUUUACCGGUGUCAACGUGAUCGGCUACUACCAAACAAUUAUGUAUGAAGCACUCGGUAUCACAGGGAACAGAGCCACGCUGGUUGCCGGUAUUUACAACUGCGUUGGUCCUCUCACGAACUUGUUCUUCAUCAUCUUCAUUCUGGACAGGGUAGGACGGCGCCGGCCCAUGAUGUUUGGUGCUAUCGGAAUUUCCAUUGCCUUAAUCUGUGAAGCAGCAUUGAACUCGCAGAAUGAGGAUGGUAGCCGCCAUGGCUACAGUAUCGGUGGUGUUGCAUUCCUCUUCUGCGUGACCAUUAUCUUUUCCCUGUCCUUUGGCCCUUGCAGUUGGGUCUACAUGUCCGAGGUCAUGCCUAUGCAGAUUCGUGGUAAAGGAAACGCCUUUGCGACGGGUAUCGGUAACUGGGCCGUAGCUACUCUCUGGGCCCAAGUCUCUCCCAUUGCUCUGGGCAAGCUUGGAUGGAAGUUCUACUUUGUUUUCGUAGCAUGGAACAUUUGCAUUACGCUGCCUGUCAUCUACUUCUUCUUCAAGGAAACCAAGCAGAAGUCUCUGGAAGAGAUUGAUUUGCUCUUCGGCGGCCGCGCCCUGGGCACUCUGCCCGAGAAUGUAGCCGAGAAGGCCGAGGAAACUGGUAUCUCUGUGACGAACGUGGAGCACAGGGUUUGA